AUGCCCCCUAAGUUUCCCAAAACUACGGGCCGCCGGAAAGAGUGGCGAGCGAUCGGCUCUUUACCGAUUUAUGAGCUUUUCGGCUGCGGCGAAUUUUGCCUCGCCGUGGCGGUCAUGAUCGCGAGCGAGAAGUCGGCAUGGAGUGCGACGACGCGGCCGAGGAGGAGCAACGCCGGGCGCGUCGCUGAGCACCGCAAGGUGGUUGAGAAGGCGGCAAAGGGGGCAGGGGGGGCCAAGCAGCCUGCUGUGGUCGGCAGCGCGGUGGCCACUCCGGAGGCGCGGCCGCACAAAUGUAACAUUUGCGGCGGCGCUUUCAAGCGGCUGGGUGCCCUCACAGAGCACCAGCGGAUCCACACGGGGGAGCGGCCAUUCAAAUGCGACCUGUGCGACGCCGCCUUUGCGCAAUCCGGCCACCUCGCGCGCCACAAGCGGACCCAUGCCAAGCGGGAGGGCGAGGACGCCUCUCGCGGUGGCGCCAGCUUGCAGCUUAAGCGCGCCGGGGGGGCUCCCGUCCGAGGCGCGCUCGCACCGUCCAAGCACGUGCCCACGCCGGCUGUGAACGGCGUGGACUUCGACGGACGCUGGCUCUACUUCAGAGUGGCGGACGAUAUCGACAACUUCCUGUGCGUCGACACGCAGGACAUGGCCACCUGA